AUAGUUCGAUUGCAUGCAUCGGCAAUGAGAGAAUGGAGUUUUGAUGAAGAUUAAUUUUCGCCUGGAAGAGAGCAGCAGCCGUGGAUAAAUCCGAAAUUAAUUUAUGUAGGAGGAAAACGCUACCCUCAAUUGAGAGCUAAAUCCUUGUAAUUCCCCAAAUAUUUUACGCCUUAUCGGAAACAAUACAGUUAUUUCGCCGAGAUGAUGCAGUCACAGCAACAUUUUCGAACAGUGGUUCCAAGAGUGAGAGGAAGGGAUGACGGAUGUUGCGGUAUAUCUUUCCUAAAGGCGGCUUUAUACGUUUUUAAUUGCUUCUUUUGGUGCUCUGGUUUGACUGUGGGAGCUUUAGGAGUAUAUACUCUUAUAAUGAAGUAUGAUUUCGCCUAUAUUCUUCCAAACUAUUUCUACCACAUAAUCACUUACUCAUUAAUCGGGAUCUGCGCAGUUAUUAUGUUAGUUGGUAUAUUUGGUUGUUGGGCAGCCAUGACAGAGCGUCGAAAGUGUCUGUUAUUUUAUUGUGUAUGCCUAGCAAUAGUCUUAUUCUUGGAGGUAGCUUGUGGCGCUGUCGCCUACUAUUACGAUACAUCAAUAGAGAAACAACUAGCGUCUUUCGUAAAGGAGACUAUGCAAAAACAUUAUUUUGACGACGAAAAAGCGAAUUCUGCUAUAAACAAGAUGCAACAGCAGUUUCGUUGCUGUGGUGCUACUGGCUAUAAAGACUGGACUGUUUUGUUUAACCAGAAGAAGAAUGAGAAUCCUAAUUUUCAUAAUUUGGUACCUGACUCGUGUUGCAUAACAGUUAGCGACAGUUGUGGCUCUACUCAACAUCCAUCCAAUAUUUAUCACUUGGGUUGUGUCACAGAAUUGGGUAGAUAUGUUAGAGAUCAUCUAUUAAUUAUAAUUGGUAUUGGAUUAGGAGUAAGUCUCCUCCAACUGGUUGGACUUGUGGUAGCUAGCCUACUAGCUAAAAAACUCAAAAAGCUCCAAGUUAACGGACAUACAAACAGCUUUAAAAAUCAACCCAACGAAUGGAUGAUGCAUUAACGGAUGUAGUUCAAAUUAUAUUUUUGUAUCUUCUUUAUUAUUCUUAUCAUUAUUACUAUUACUAUCAUCAUUAUUAUUAUUAUUAUCAUAUUUCUAAUAACUCUCUUUUUUUCCCCUGUCCUCUUAUUUUUAAAUUUACCUAAAGAGAGAUAAAAAAGAAAAAACUCUCGACAAACAGAGCGUGUAAACAAAAAAUUAUCGAAACAUAAGCAGUUUUUCUAUUUAAAUUUAUGUUAAUUUAAUGAAGAAAAAAAAGAAAAGAUAUAGAAAAAAAAUGUUAACUGGCUAAGUAUUAUCAUUCCUGUUUAGUCGUGAAAAUCGUUGUCAAAUUUAGUAGUUUGUUAAGAUAAGGAAGAGAUGAGAUUUUUUCGUACGGGUUUUUCGUUUGUCUAACAUUUUUCAUAACUAUUCUUUCUUUGAUAUAUUGUUUCAUGUUUUCUUCUUCUUUUUCUUCUUUGUUGUUGUUUUUUUUAAUUCUUAACGAUUCUAUCCUAACGAAGAUAGAGAAGGAGAAAAAGAAAUUUGGAAGAGUUUAUUUUUUUGUUUACUACUACAAUUUCUUCGUCUUCUUCCAUUGUUCUCUCUUCUUAUCAGCUAUUUGUUUAUACUUUAAUUAAUUGGAAUAUUCAAUAUUUUCUUUAUAUGUAUACAUUAUAACUUUUUUAUAUCUAAA